AUGUUGAAUGCGUUCAAGUUGCAGGUUUCGAAACCUGCUCGGAUCCGCCUAAGCUGGGAACCCGACGCCGCCGCAGUCUCCUCGGGCGUCCGCCGGCAGUCUCCCCGGCUGCCCAUCCGCUGCCGUUUCGCUUCCAUCACUGUUCAAUCGGCUGAGGAUGUGCCAUCGGCAGCAAUUUCUGCAACAUGGCUCUUCUGCUCAGCAAUUCCAACUCUACUGGCUUUCAAGAGAGCUGCAGAGUCACUGGAGAAGCUAAUGGACACCACAAGGGAGGAAUUACCUGACACAAUGGCCGCUGUUCGAUUAUCAGGAAUGGAGAUCAGUGACUUAACCAUGGAGCUCAGUGACCUCGGCCAAGAAAUAACACAAGGAGUUAGGAGUUCGACUCGAGCUGUUCGUCUGGCGGAGGAAAGAUUGAGACGGUUGACAAACACAAACCCAAUAGUACCUGUGCAGGACGUGGGCCCAACAAAACCUCAAACAUCAGACCCGACUCUAGCUAGAACCGCACGUAACAUGAGGGAAGGAAUUGUUAAAGGGCGUGCUGUUAUACAGAUGCUUUUCACUAUCACCCGGUACUCGAAAAUGCUGCUGAAAUAUCUGGCUUCUCGUUCGAAAGCAUAAUAUGUGUUCCAGUUUUUGCACUAGGAUGAAUGUAUUGUUCUCUCCAUGGACUUCUUUGUAAAUGUAUUUUGCAGAUCUCUUAGCAUGUGUUGGUGUUCUUAAACCAUGUCCGAUUUGUUGCCAGUCAAUAAUCUUGCUAGUUGCUGUUUUUUUUUUUUUCAUUUAUGAUCGGCUUAUUUCUCAGAAAGCGAAAGCUUAUUGGAUAUCAUCUUAGCUUCACACUCACACAUCUGUUUGUGUUGAAAUUCUU